GCCGCGGCGGUACAGCGAGUGGAGCCUGCGAGGGCAAGGUUGGGUAGCUGGAAGCUAGCGCGCACACGGAGUGUCCUUUCAAGGACGCAGACGUGCGAGCCUUUCCGCCACUUACCAGGGCGCGCUGGCCAGAGAAUUAUUGGGAUCACCAAAGAGAGUGACUGCACCUGAAAGCCUGGGGCCGCCACACCAAAUCAGAGGAAAAAAAUCAGUCUUCUUCGGGCAUGGCAGGUAAGAAAGUGCUCAUUGUCUAUGCACACCAAGAACCCAAGUCUUUCAAUGGCUCCUUGAAGAAAGUGGCAGUGGAUGAAUUGAGCCAGCAGGGAUGCACCGUCACCGUGUCUGAUUUGUAUGCCAUGAACUUUGAGCCAAGGGCCACAAGGAAAGAUAUCACUGGUGACCUUUCUAAUCCUGAGGUCUUCAGUUAUGGGGUGGAAGCCUAUGAAGCCUACAAGAAAAACUGUCUAACCAGUGACAUCACUGAGGAGCAGAAAAAGGUGCAGGAAGCUGAUCUCGUGAUAUUCCAGUUUCCGCUGUACUGUUUCAGCGUGCCGGCUAUCCUGAAGGGCUGGAUGGACAGGGUGCUGUGCCAAGGGUUCGCCUUCGACAUCCCAGGGUUCUAUGAUUCUGGUUUUCUCAAGGAUAAACUAGCCCUCCUUUCCUUAACCACGGGAGGCACAGCCGAGAUGUACUCAAAAGCAGGGGUCAGUGGAGAUUUUCGGUACUUUCUGUGGCCACUCCAGCAUGGUGCUUUGCACUUCUGUGGAUUUAAAAUUCUUGCCCCUCAGAUCAGUUUUGCUCCUGAGUUUUCAUCAGAAGAAGAAAGAAAAGCAAUGGUGGCAUCUUGGGCCCAACGAUUAAAGAGCAUCUGGGAGGAAGAGCCCAUCCGCUGCACACCCCCUUGGUACUUUGGGGAAUAACACUGUGUGUCCCAUGUACAUCGUGUGCGUGAUGCAGUUAAGAAUACAUGCAAGGAGAUGGUACUGUCAAAAAUAAAAUUAGGGGCUGGGGAUGUGGCUCAAGCGGUAGCGCGCUCACCUGGCAUGCGCGCCCGGGGCGCUGGGUUCGAUUCUUAGCACCACAUAAAAAUAAAAUAAAGAUGUUGUGUCCGCUGAGAACUAAAAAAUAAAUAUUGAAAAAUUCUCUCUCUCUCUCUCUCUCUCUCUCUCUCUCUCUUUAAAAAAAUAAAUAAAUAAAACAAAAUUAGAACAAAGUGAACUGGAUAUAGUUAAUAAUCUCUAUGAAGUCACUAUGAAUGAGUGACCUCAAGAGUUUUAUACAGCCAGAUCAGAUAUUGCAAUCAUCAGUUUACUGUAUUGAAUUCUGCUGACUGGUAAUUAUUUACUUAAGCUUUCAUUUCUUUAAUGUGUGUUUAAUAUCUAUCUUGCUAUGUUCAACCUUCAGGAUGAUUUUAAUUUUCAGAUAGUUCUCUGGACAUGGAGCUUGAUUUGUAUUUUUCUGUUUGUUUUUGUUUCAUAACUCAGCUGGCAUAACUCAACUAGAGAAUUUUUGCUUUUUCCCCAGGAAGUUUAAUCCAUUCGUAGCUAAUGUUUUAGUUCUUUAUUGGAAUAUAACUCCCCUAUUUUCUUUUCACUUGCAUUAUUACUAUGAAGUUUUAAUUGAACAGCUGGUUAGCAUGUAUUUGGAGCCAUUAUGUGCUGGUUACAGUGAAAAUUUCAAAGCAUUCUGCCGCUAUGCACAUGGUCUCGUGACACCACUGCUAAUUAUCCUGAAGCACAGGAACAGGUAGAUAGAGGAAUAUCUCUGAAUGCAAGUUUAAGGGAUCACAUAUUCAUCGUCAUCAUCAUUCCUUCCCCCUGUUGUCACUACUGAACAAAGAGCCUGUGCCCAGGGGCCCUUCUUCCUUAACCUUCCCAAAGCCACUCUUAGCCACCCUCAUUGGACUGCUCAGACAGCUUCCUGCUGGAGUUACCAUCUUGGUCCUCCUGUCCUCUGCGUCUUCAUCUUGCUUCUCACCUGCGUCCCUCCUCCUCUUCAGCAGCAUCUUCAGACCCUUUUCCAACUGCAUUUUCUAGCAGAUAUUUUUCCAGAUACACCUUCUCUUCUGAGUCUUCACACUCUCUUCAGGGCUUUCCUCACUGAACAUUCAUCAUCUUCAGAUAAUGAUCUUUCCAAGCCAUUUUCUUCUCCCUGUUUUCAGGAUAAUUUUUCAGUAUUAUUUUUGGAGCCAUCUUCAAGUUACUUUUCAGAGUAGUCUUUAGACUUUCUGAGGAAUCUUAAGACUUUUUUCAAGUACCUUCUUAGAACUAUCUUUUGGGGCUUCUUUUCAGGGGCUAACUUCUUUAGCAUUUUUUUCAGAAGAAUUUUCUUUAAAAUCUCCCCAUCUGGGCUGGGGAUGUGGCUCAAGCGGUAGCGCGCUCACCUGGCAUGCAUGCGGCCCGGGUUCGAUCCUCAGCAUCACAUACAAAGAUGUUGUGUCUGCUGAAAACUAAAAAAAAUAAAUAAAUAUUAAAAUUCUCUCUCUGCCUAAAAAAAAAAAAAAAAAAAUCUCCCCAUCUUCUGCUCCCCCCCAAGCAUUUUUUCAUGAAUAGGUCUUUUAAAUACCACUUCACUAUGGCCUCUUGAACAUCCAUCCUGGAUGUGCUAGGGUACCCCAAAAAUGCUUUACUUUAGAAAGUCCUGCUCUUUAAGAGGUAAAGAUGAAAUUGGAACCCUGAAUGCCUUUGUUGGCCCCUCUUAGCUUUGCAGUCUCUUCAACCCUAUCCUCUGCAGAUCCAUCUCAUGCCUUGAGGGGAAUUUCUAGCCAAAUUCAUUUGUUUCAUGAAAAUGUACUGAGGGUAAAGCUUAUCAGGAAUCAGAUCAGGUGUUAUUUUCACUCAGUUUUGACCUUUGUGCUGAUUUCUCCCAGCAGGAGCUAGCAGUCUGAGAGAAGAAUUUAUUAUUACCUCCAUUUUACAGAUGGGUGAGCUGAGACUCAGAGUUGCAGCAACUUGAUCGGGGUCCCAACGUUACAAUUGGCUGAUCAGAGAGCAAACCAAAAUUUCUAGCCAAAUGAAUUUAGCCGCCCACAGUUUACAAGAGACAUAUCUAAAACAAAAAUCCAAAAGGCAAGGAAAAAGAAACACUGCAAAUGUAGUCACACAGCAAGCAGCACUUCAGUCCCUGCGAGACCACACAUUUUAACAGUGGUCCUAAGGUACAAUGGAGCUGAAAACCUGCUGCUACCUAGUGACCUGGUAGCCUUUGUCACGUUGUAGUGUAGCACUUUCCUCAUGUUUGUAGUGAGACUGUAGAGAUUUGUGCUUUAGGACAUAUCUUUGGUAAAGAUAGACAAUUUGAUAUUUAAAUCCAUGUUGACUUUUAACUGAUAUGUUUGUCCACUUACCCUUUUUAGUGCUUAUAGAUAUAUUUGGAUUUUUUCCACCAUCACAUUUCGUACCUUCAAUGUGUCCUGCAUUUACUGUUCAUUUUUCCUCCCAUUCUAAUCUUCUUUUGGAUGACUGUAGUUUUUUUUUUAAUUAUUAUUAUUAUUUAGUUGUAGUUGGACACAAUACUUUUAUUUCAUUUAUUUUUAUGUGGUGCUGAGGAUCGAAUCCAGGGCCUCGCACAUGCUAAGCAAGCGCUCUACUGCUGAGCCACAACCCCAGCCCUGGAUAUCUGUAGUUUUUAAAUUCCAUUUUUUUCUCUACUAAUUUGGCUGCCAAUUUCCUUGCUCUUAGGGCUCAUCUUAUCUAGAAACUUGAAUACACAUAUAUCACUUGAAAACCACAGUUAACCAUGAACUUUAGCCUCCUACAUGAACUGCAGUUCCUGUCUACUUCACCUCCAGUCAUAUAAAAGUGCAGCACAUACAGCAUGGACAGUAGAGGGUACUUGAUAAUGAUAGGAAACAACCGCUACUGGAUUAUGUGUUUUCUAUACUUUAUUGUUAUUCUAAAAUGUACUCCUCCUAUUCAUGAAAGAAAAGUUUAGGAAUGGGGAUGUAGCUCAAUGGUAGAGAGUCUGCUAAGGCCCUGGCUUCCUUCCCCAAUGCUAAAAGACAAACAAAACAUCAACAAAAAAGUAUUGUCAGGUAGUAUGCUGUGUAUGCCAGCAGCAGCCUCCUCCAUCUACAUUUACCCUGUCCUUCGAUUGCACCAAGAAUGAUGACCAUAAAUGCGACAUCCAGAUUUACAUAAGUGCACUCUGUAAUUUUUGUACAAUAAUGAAGCCACCUAAUUUCAGGUUUCCCAGAAUUAUCCCCAUCCUUUAUUGGGGGUGGGGGAAGUACUGGGGAUUGAACUCAGGGGCACUCAACCACUAAGCCAAAUCCCCUGCCCUGUUUUGCUUUUUAUUUAGAGACAGGGUCUCACUGAGUUGCUUAGCACCUUGCUUUUGCUGAGGCUGGCUUUGAACUCAGGAUCUUCCUGCCUCAGCCUCCCAAGCCACUGGGAUUACAGGCGUAUGCCACUGCACCCAGCAGAAGUACCCCCAUCUUUACCAACCUACUUAACUCAAAAGAAGAAGGAUAGUUGUAUUAAUCUGUUAAGUCCCAAGUUUUCAAUUCUGUGCAUAUUUUAAUGAAAUUGAUAGAGGUGCUCUAAAAUAGGUGGAAAUCAUAACCUAGCAUUUAUUACAUAAUUUAUUAUCAAUAAUAUUAAUAUAUUAAUAUUAAUAUUAAUGAAUAUAUCACUAAUCAUUCAUCUACUCCUUUUCUCAAUAGAAAAAUAUUUAAAAACAUAAAUAUUGGCUGGGCAUGGUAGCGCAUUCCUAUAAUCCCAGCAGCUUUGGAGGCUGAGGUAGAAGGACUGCAAGUUCAAAACCAGCCUCUACAACUAAUUGAGGCCCUACGCAAUUUAGCACGACCCUGUUUCAAAAUAAAAAAUAAAAGGGCUGGGGAAUGUGGCUAAGAGGUUCAAUCCCUGGUACCAAAACAAAACAAAACAAACCAUAAAUAUUUAUUUCAAAAUUGCCAUCAGUGGUAUGUUUUUGGGUGUUCUGUAAAUGGGACAAUCGGACAUAAUGAGUUAAUAUCAAACAAAAUUAGACAAUAGAACAAAAACCAUUAGUAGAGAUGAAAGUCUCUGUAAUGAUGAGAAUUUUGAUUCAAUUUGAAGUUAAAUUGAUUAUAAACUCUUAUCUAUCUGGUAAACAGCUUUGAACUACAUAAAACAAACAUUAAAUUGUAAAAAGAAGCUCAACAAAUCCACUAUCAGAGUGGGAAAUUUCAACAGACUUCUAGUAAGUGCUAGCAAAAUACAUAAAAGAAUAAAUAGCUGAACUAAAUUGAUGUAAUAGGUAUAUAAAAAUCACUGCACUGCACAGUAGGAAAACUCAUAUUUUUCUCAAGUAUUUACUGAAAAAUUAUAAAUAUUCUGACAUCAACAAAUGUCAAACAAUCUGUAACACACAGAAAACGUUCUUUGAUAAAAGUGUAAUGAAUCAGAAAUGGGAAUAAAGAUAACUUUUAAAAAAUG